AUGGCUCCUAUCCGAGCUUUGAGAUACGGGUGCAAUUCGAUCCUGACAUCCCCCAGAGACGCUUCUUCCAUUCUACUUUACCACAACACGUCCAUCACAAUGGCCCCGCCGACGACGACCGUCUUCGUCGGCAACAUUUCGUACGAGGCCACGGACAAGGACCUCAACAGCGUGUUCGGCGCGCUCGAGGACGUCAGGAGCAUCCGCAUCGCGACGGACCGCAACACGGGCUGGCCGAUUGGCUACGCGCACGCCGACUUCCACUCGGUCGAGGCGGCCACCAAGGCCAUUGACGUGCUCAAGGCGCAGAAGAUUGGCGGACGGUCGCUGCGCGUUAGCUUUGCUUCGCAGACGCAGGACGCCGUUAACCGCCGGCGCGCGAGGGAGGGCGGCGACAGGGGCCAGAGGCGGUCGCGCGAGCCCAGGGAGCCUAGGGAGCCCAGGGAGUAG